AAUUCAUUUCCUGAACAAACACAGUCGCGAAAAGACGUCUCAGCUGUUUUGCAUUUGUAAUAAGAAAAAAAAUCGAGUGUCAUGUUUUGUUAUUGCUAAUUCCUUUUAAGAAAAGUGUAGUGCAUUUAAUAUAAGUCUUUGGUACCUCGUGGUACCACUUUAAUUAAUUCAGGGUUUUGAGAUUUCUAAAAUGACGAAAAGUGACGAAAGACACACUUGUUUUCUUCUUCUCGAAGAUGGGACAAUACUACCUGGUGAAUCAUUUGGGGCAAGAAACCAAAUCGAUGGGGAAGUUGUUUUUCAGACGGGCAUGGUCGGUUACCCCGAAUCUCUAACCGACCCCAGCUACCAUGCCCAGAUUCUUGUUCUCACAUACCCCCUUGUGGGUAAUUAUGGUGUCCCCAAAUCGGUCCAAGAUCCACAUGGGUUACCCUAUUUUUUUGAGUCUCACCGAAUUUGGGCUGCUGGCCUCGUCGUAGGUGAACAUUGCGACAAUCCGAGCCAUUGGCACAAUUUCAGGACUCUUUCUGAUUGGAUGAAAUCGGAAAAUGUCCCCGGGAUUCAAGGAAUUGAUACUAGAGCCCUUACCAAGAAAAUUCGCGAAAAAGGGACGAUUCUAGGGCGUAUUGUUUACAAUUUGCCUAUUGUGACCGAAAAUUUAAAAAUUGUUGAUCCCAAUUUGAGGAAUUUGGUCGAGGAAGUGUCAGUUAAGAAAAUUGUGACGUACAAUUCUGGGGGAAGUCCAAGGAUUUGUGCAGUUGAUUGUGGUUUGAAAUAUAACCAAAUUCGGUGUUUGAUAAGUAGGGGAGCUCGAGUCGAUUUAGUACCAUGGGAUCACAAAUUAAACGUUAAUGACUAUGAUGGUCUCUUUCUUAGUAAUGGUCCAGGAGACCCAACCAUGUGUCAAACCACAAUCAACAACAUCAAAGACGUAAUGAAGGGACCAACGAUUAAACCAAUUUUUGGUAUUUGUCUCGGCCACCAACUCCUUUCAGUCGCUAUAGGUUGCAAAAGCUACAAGAUGAAAUAUGGUAAUCGUGGACACAACCAGCCAUGCACCCAUAAUGGUACCAAACGUUGUUACAUGACGUCCCAAAACCACGGUUUUGCUAUCAAUACUGAUACACUUCCCAACGAUUGGGAAAUCCUCUUCACUAAUGCUAACGACAAGAGUAACGAAGGGAUAAUCCACUCCAAACUCCCAUUUUUUAGCGUUCAGUUCCACCCUGAACACACAGCCGGCCCCCAAGACCUUGAAUGUCUUUUCGAUGUGUUCCUAGACUUGGUUAAAAACCCUAAACAGACGGCGAAAAUCCUCCUCACUCAAAAACUGACCUAUUUGGGAACCCCCCAUUUGCCCGAAAGGCCCAAAAAGGUUUUAAUAAUCGGCUCUGGGGGUCUAUCAAUCGGCCAAGCGGGCGAGUUUGACUAUUCCGGCUCUCAAGCCAUUAAAGCCCUCCGUGAGGAAAACAUCCAAACUGUUUUGAUAAACCCCAACAUCGCGACAGUUCAAACAUCUAAAGGUUUGGCCGAUAAAGUUUAUUUUUUGCCUCUAGUACCCGAGUACGUUGAACAAGUUAUCAGGGUUGAGCGCCCCGGAGGCGUCUUAUUAACAUUUGGGGGGCAAACAGGUCUCAAUUGUGGAGUCGAGCUGCAAAAAAACGGUAUUUUCGACAAGUACAAUAUCCAAAUUUUGGGGACCCCAAUCCAGGCUAUUAUUGAUACCGAAGACCGGAAGAUUUUCACAGAACGAAUUGCAGCGAUUGGAGAAAAGGUAGCUCCAAGCAUGGCUGCACAUUCCGUCGAGGAGGUUUUGGACGCAGCUGCGCAAUUGGGAUAUCCAGUCAUGGCCCGAGCUGCGUUUUCUCUAGGGGGACUUGGAUCCGGUUUUGCCAACACUCAAGACGAACUUAAGACUUUGGCUGUUCAAGCUUUAGCCCACUCGAGUCAACUUAUUAUAGAUAAGUCACUCAAAGGAUGGAAAGAAGUCGAGUAUGAGGUCGUGAGGGAUGCAUUCGACAAUUGCAUCACAGUGUGUAAUAUGGAGAACGUCGAUCCUUUGGGGAUACACACAGGAGAGUCGAUUGUGGUCGCCCCAAGUCAGACUCUCUCAAAUCGGGAGUACAACAUGUUAAGAACUACUGCGAUUAAAGUCAUUAGACAUUUCGGAGUCAUAGGGGAAUGCAACAUCCAAUAUGCCGUUAAUCCCAACUCUGAAGAGUUUUACAUUAUUGAGGUUAAUGCCAGGUUGUCUCGAAGCUCGGCUUUGGCUAGUAAAGCAACAGGGUACCCACUUGCGUACAUUGCCGCCAAAUUAGCCUUGGGUGUACCCCUCCCCGAUAUAAACAACUCUGUCACAGGGGUCACCACUGCGUGUUUUGAGCCAAGUCUUGACUACUGCGUCGUCAAAAUCCCGCGUUGGGACUUACACAAAUUCUCACGAGUGAGUACCAAAAUCGGGAGCUCGAUGAAAAGUGUAGGAGAGGUUAUGGCAAUUGGGCGAAAGUUCGAAGAAGCAUUCCAGAAGGCGUUGCGAAUGGUUGACGAAAAUGUGAUGGGAUUUGACCCUUAUCUCAAAGAAGUCAACGAUGAGGAAUUGAAGGAACCCACAGAUAAAAGGAUGUUUGUGGUGGCGGCGGCUCUCAAAAAAGGGUACUCCAUCGAUAAGCUCUACGAGUUGACCAAAAUUGAUCGUUGGUUUUUGGAGAAGAUGAAGAAAAUAGUCGAUUGGACCACAUUUUUGGAAACCAUAGACCAGUUGCAUCUGUCGCAUGAUAUUUUAUUGAAGGCUAAACAGAUUGGGUUUUCUGAUAAGCAAAUCGCUACUGCUGUGAAGAGUACUGAGUUAGCCAUCAGGAAACAAAGAGAGGAGUUUGGGAUUAAGCCAUAUGUCAAACAAAUUGACACAGUGGCGGCGGAAUGGCCGGCCACCACUAACUAUCUCUACUUGACAUACAAUGCUUUUGAGCACGACUUGACUUUCGAGGAAAAACACACUAUGGUCAUAGGAUCGGGGGUUUACCGCAUCGGGAGUUCAGUGGAGUUCGAUUGGUGUGCUGUUGGGUGUCUCCGGGAGUUGCGCCGAUUAGGUCGCAAAACAAUAAUGAUUAAUUACAACCCGGAGACAGUCAGUACCGACUACGACAUGUCAGAUCGCCUCUACUUUGAAGAAAUCUCUUUCGAGGUUGUGAUGGACAUUUACAAUAUUGAGGACCCGGUCGGUAUCAUCCUCUCAAUGGGUGGCCAACUCCCCAACAACAUAGCUAUAGACCUACACCGGCAACAAGCCCGGAUUUUGGGUACUUCCCCCGACUCGAUCGAUGGUGCAGAAAACCGAUUUAAAUUUUCACGAAUGUUGGACCGAAUCGGGAUUAUGCAGCCCCGUUGGAAGGAACUCACUAAUCUCAAAUCAGCGAUCGAGUUUUGCGAAGAAGUGGGGUACCCUUGUUUGGUACGACCCUCGUAUGUCUUGAGUGGCGCUGCCAUGAAUGUGGCCCACUCGAACCAAGACUUGGAAACGUAUUUGAACGCUGCUAGUGACGUUAGUAAGGAACAUCCGGUUGUCAUUUCGAAAUUCAUCCUCGAAUCGAAGGAAAUCGACGUUGACGCGGUCGCCUGUGACGGGGUUAUUCUCUGUAUGGCCGUCUCGGAACAUGUGGAAAACGCUGGGGUUCACUCCGGGGACGCAACACUGGUCACUCCACCGCAGGAUAUCAACGAUGAAACUUUAGGGAAGAUUACACAGAUUUGUAAAGCUAUAGCGGCCUCUUUGGAAGUUACUGGACCUUUCAAUAUGCAAUUGAUCGCCAAAGACAAUGAUUUAAAAGUGAUUGAGUGUAAUGUGCGAGUUUCGCGUUCUUUUCCUUUUGUUUCUAAAACUUUAGAUCAUGAUUUUGUCGCGAUGGCGACUCGAGUGAUGGUUGGAGAGUUGGUACAACCGGUGGAUGUGCUCGCGGGUUGUGGCAAAGUGGGGGUUAAGGUGCCCCAAUUUUCGUUUUCGCGUCUCGCGGGUGCUGAUUUUAUGUUAGGUGUUGAGAUGGCGUCAACUGGGGAAGUUGCCUGUUUUGGGGACAAUCGGUACGAGGCAUAUUUGAAGGCCAUGAUGAGUACUGGAUUUAGUAUCCCCGAAAAAUCAAUUUUAUUAUCAAUUGGAAGUUUCAAGCAUAAAAUGGAAUUGUUGCCCAGCAUGAGAGAGUUGCAAAGAAUGGGAUAUAAGUUAUAUGCAAGUCUGGGCACCGCUGAUUUUUACAAUGAACAUGGAGUUAAAGUCGAGUCAGUACAAUGGACUUUUGAAAACAUUGAUGCCAUAACGAGUCAAGGAGAACUUAAACACUUGGCAGAGUUUUUAUCAAAGAAACAAUUUGAUUUGGUUAUUAAUCUUCCCAUGCGAAAUGGGGGUGCGCGAAGAGUGUCUUCUUUCAUGACACAUGGGUACAGAACCCGGCGUUUGGCUAUAGACUACUCUAUUCCUCUCGUKACCGACGUCAAAUGUACUAAACUUCUAGUAGAGGCUUUGAGACGUAUUGGAAAAGCUCCUCCUCCAAUGAAAACACACACGGAUUGUAUAUCUUCUCGCCGACUGGUCAAGCUACCAGGGCUCAUCGACACCCAUGUUCAUGUCAGAGAACCCGGAGCUACUCACAAGGAAGACUACGCCUCUUGCACCGCUGCUGCUUUGGCAGGAGGAGUCACCAUGAUUUGUGCGAUGCCUAACACUAAUCCUGCUGUCACAAAUCAGGAAACUCUAAAGCUAGUCAAAGAUAUAGCACGGAAAAAUGCCCGAUGUGAUUAUGCUAUCUACAUGGGGGCCUCCUCAGACAACUACUCCACAAUAUCAGAACUAGCACACGAAGUCGCAGGUCUCAAAAUGUACCUCAAUGAGACUUUCACAACCUUGAGACUCAACGAUCUUAAUACGUGGGGCAAACACUUGGCAAAUUGGCCCAAAAAAGCCCCGAUUUGUGUACAUGCAGAAGGCCAAACSACUGCUGCUAUUAUCUUGAUGGCAAGUUUGCAAAAUCGGCCAAUUCACAUCUGUCAUGUUGCUCGAAAAGAAGAAAUUUUGAUUAUUAAAGCGGCAAAAGAGAAAGGCUUGAAUAUCACCUGUGAGGUUUGCCCUCACCACCUAUUUUUAUCAACUGAAGAUAUUAAAACUUUGGGGGUGUGCAAAAGUCAAGUUCGACCGGUGUUAAUGUCACUAGAGGACCAACAAGCCCUUUGGGAUAAUUUACACAUGAUUGAUUGUUUUGCCACCGAUCAUGCCCCUCAUACUCUGGAGGAGAAGACCAGUUCGAACCCUCCCCCAGGUUUCCCCGGGCUUGAAACCAUCCUCCCUUUACUCCUAAAUGCAGUUAACGAAAAGAAAUUGACCYUUGAUGAUAUUAUCACCAAGUUUUAUCUGAAUCCGAAGAGAAUUUUCAACUUGCCGGACCAACCUAACACUUAUGUUGAAAUCGAUUUGGAUGAGGAGUGGACUAUUCCCGACACAACGGCUUAUAGUAAAGCAYAAUGGACUCCUUUUGCCGGCAGAAAGGUUAAGGGGGCUGUUCACCGGGUUGUCCUACGAGGAGAAGUGGCCUUCGUCGACGGCCAAAUUUUGGUCCAGCCCGGUUUUGGGCAAAACGUCCGAAAUUGGGAAUCGAAAAAAACCUACGACGAGGUUGUAAACCCUCCCGUUGUUACCGGUGGGGAGUACAACGACGGCCAGACUAACGAAAUUUUCAAGAAAUUGUUAUCCGGGGGUGGAAAAGUCCAAUUCUCUGCCACUAACGAACUCCACGUUGAUAGUCGACUUGGCGUCACCUCCCCCACCCCUGUGGGCCCCCGUAUCCGCACUGAUAGUUUCUCCCAAAUGGAGCAACCCCACCACAGUCUUGCUAAUAAACACAUCAUUUCGGUCGAUAUGUUCACCAAAGACCAACURAAUGAUAUUUUCAACUUGGCCCAAUCUUUUCGAGUUAAUGUCAGUAAGGAUCGACCAGUUGAUCACAUURUGAAGGGGAAAGUCAUGGCYUCCAUUUUCUACGAGGUUAGUACUCGGACGAGUUGCAGUUUCGCGGCUGCUAUGCAYAGAUUGGGAGGUGGGGUGAUUUAUAUGGACGAGACAAGUUCUUCGGUGAAYAAAGGGGAGACUUUGGAGGAUUCAGUUGCAGUCAUGGCGGGGUAUUCCGAUGUUGUUGUGUUGAGGCAUCCGACUCCUGGAUCGGUUAUGAGGGCGUCCCACCACUGCCGUAAACCCCUGAUCAACGCCGGUGACGGAAUUGGCGAACACCCAAGUCAAGCCCUGCUUGAUAUUUUCACAAUUCGGGAAGAAAUCGGUACUGUCAACGGUCUCACCAUUACUCUAGUUGGUGAUUUGAAAAAUGGACGCACUGUACAUUCCCUUGCACGUUUGUUGACACUAUACAACGUGCAACUGCGUUACGUAAGCCCUCAGAGUUUGAAAAUGCCYAGUCAUAUAACCAGCUUUGUGYCCUCUAAAGGGAUACCUCAAAACGAAUAUAGUACCCUUGAAGAGGUACUCCCAGAUACCGAUGUAUUGUAUAUGACUCGAAUUCAGAGAGAACGGUUUAGUUCCCAAGAGGAGUACGAUAAGGCUUGUGGCCACUUCAUCGUAACCCCACAAUUAAUGACAAGGGCCAAGAGAAAAAUGGUAGUGCUUCACCCCUUGCCCAGGGUYUUUGAAAUCAGUCRUGAGUUUGAUACAGACCCUCGAGCAGCCUAUUUCAGACAGGCAGAAUGUGGGAUGUAUGUCAGAAUGGCUCUUUUAGCCAUGGUUUUAGGGAAGUGUUAAUUCGAAA